GGGAAGGCGGUGGGGGGAGAAUCAUGUUUCAGAGCCUCUCUCCUUCCCUCUGAGCCUUGCGCUCUCUCUCCCAUCCACAGCUGUCUCAAUCCAUUGUCCCAGCCAGAGAGACAGGCUGAGGCGGGGAGAGACUGUCGGAGAGACCCCCCCUAUUUCCGAGACCCCCAUCCGCUGGAGAUCUCUCCCCUCCCCGAAAGAGUCGGCCACAUCUGGAGAGAAAAGGCGAAACGACGAAAAGCGCACUCCGCGAAAGAGACAUCCAUCAGACAGAACAAUAGUGAGCAGAGGGACCGCCCUGUGCACAAAGAGGAUGAAAGAGACAGACCUGGGGUGAGAACAAAGCGCUGAGAGAGAGAGAAGAGACAUCCCACCGCCAGAUGUAAGGGCCUUCCAGAGCGCACCCGAGACUGCACCGAGAGGAGACGCCAACAAGGCAGGUACAGGAAAGAGACGGGCGGCUGGGCACUGGCCUAGGAGAGACGGCGCGAGGUCUCCGGGGAUGGAAUCUGGAUUAGAACCAAGUGUGACUGCCAGCAAGGCCAGCAUGAGACAGCGGCCGCAAGAGCUUACACUCUAACGAAUGGGCCAUUAUCUUCUCUGACCUUGAAGCAGACAUACAAAAGAUGCUGCUUCCCAGGCUUCUCCUGCUGCUUCUUUGGGCAUGUUCCCCAUCCUUCUCCUCUCUGGGCGUGCUAGAGCUACACAUUGACGAGGAGCAACCAGCUGGCACCAUCAUCGGUGAUAUCAGUGCAGGUCUUCCACCGGGGACCACAGGGCACAUGUUCUUCAUAUCAGAUCAGGAGGGAAGCGGCGUCACUAGUGACUUAGACAUAGAUGAACUUACUGGCAUAAUCAAGACAGCUCGAGUCUUGGACAGGGAACAGCGCAACCUCUACAGCUUCAUAGCGGUCACCCCUGAGGGGGUCACGGUAGAGGUGCACAUCCAUGUGGAUGAUAUCAAUGACCACUCUCCUACUUUUGCUAAGGACCGUAUCGAGCUAAGUAUCCCUGAGCACACACCACGAGGCACUCGCUACCCACUGGAACCGGCCGUAGAUCUGGAUAGUGGAGUGUUGAGCACUCAGGGCUACCUCAUUCAAAGCGGGGAUCCUAUGCAAGCCUUCCGGCUGGAAACCCGAAGCAUGUCCAGUGGUGUGCUAUCUGUAGAUCUGGUGGUGAACUCUAAUCUGGACCGGGAAAACUGUUCUGUCUAUACUUUGAUCUUGGAAGCUUAUGACGGUGGUUCUCCAAGCCGGAGUUCACAAAUUAAGCUUGACAUAUCUAUAUUGGACAUCAACGAUCAUGCCCCAGUUUUCAACCAAAGCCGUUACCAGACCCUGAUUUCCGAAAGCCUCUUACCUGGCUCCAGCGUCCUGCAAGUCUAUGCCACAGAUGCUGACCUGGGCCAGAACGGGGAGGUGACUUAUGAGAUAAACCGCAGACAAAGUGAUUCAGAGGGUUUCUUCACCAUCAAUCCAUACUCUGGACUCAUACAGCUCAGCAAACCCUUGGAUUACGAGACACGGAAAGCCCAUGAACUGGUUGUCCAGGCCCGGGAUGGGGCAGCGCAGCCAGAAGUGGGAACAGCUUUCGUUUCCAUUCAGGUACGGGAUUCUAAUGAUAACCAACCCAGCAUGACUAUCAUCUUCUUGAGUGAGGAUGGGGCCCCACGAGUAUCUGAGGGGGCUACGCCAGGCCAGUAUGUGGCUCGUAUCUCGGUUUCAGAUCCGGACUAUGGAGAACAUCCUGAUGUGGAUGUGACCCUGGAGGGUGGAGAGGGCAAGUUUGCUUUGACAACAAAAGAUAGCAUCAUCUACCUCAUCUGUGUGGACAAGUUGCUGGACCGUGAAGAACGAGAUUCCUACAAGCUUCGGGUUCUAGCCACAGAUACAGGAACUCCACCACUGAGGGCCGAAUCCUCCUUCGUUCUUGAGGUAACAGACGUUAACGAUAAUCCUCCAGUGUUUGAUCGGCAAGAAUAUAGCCACAGUGUGCCAGAAGCAGUCCAUCCCGGAAGCUUCCUCCUGCAAGUCACAGCCCGAGAUAAAGAUCUGGGAGAGAAUGGAGAAGUGAGAUACAGCCUUCUGGACACGCCUUGGUUCCACAUCCACCCCGAAACCGGAGUCAUCACUACAACAGCACCACUGGAUUAUGAGCGCGACCCACAGCCAACUAUGACGGUGUUGGCCUCGGAUCGCGGCAGGCCAUCUCUGACCGCCACGGCUAUAGUUAAAGUCCAGUUGUUGGAUGUGAAUGAUAAUGAGCCUGUCUUUGCCAAUGCGGUAUACAACGCCACCCUCAGCGAGAGCACUGCUCGGGGAAGCUGCUUCCUAAAGGUCUCAGCAUCGGAUGCAGAUAGCGGCAGUCUAGGAACCGUAUCCUACUCUCUAAGCCUGGCGACCCCACCUCAGUUUCAGAUCCACUCGGACAGCGGAGAGAUCUGCCUCUCAGACAUUCUGGAUCGAGACGAUGGAGAAAGAUUCUUCCUGCUUCAUGUGACGGCCACAGAUGGGGGUGGUCUGAGUUCUGGAUGUCUUGUGAGGGUUUCCGUAGAAGAUGUGAAUGAUAACCGUCCGGUCUUCUAUCCUCUGGAAUAUGGGGGCAGUGUAAGCGCACUGAGCCCACCGGGCACUCCAAUACUCAGCGUGACUGCCCGCGAUAAAGAUGAAGGAAUUCAUGGUAUCAUCACCUACCAUAUCAUAUCAGGGAAUAGCCCGCCACUUCUACGCAUAGAACCCGAAACAGGUACUCUUAUCGUGGCUCGUGCUCUGUCUGCGCGGGCUGGCUCUGUCCUACAUCUGGAAGUGGGAGCUCAAGAUGGAGGCGGGGUCAGAGCCGAGAUGAAUGCCCGGGUCAAUGUCAGCAUUCUGCCAAGUGCUGCCCAUGUGCCUACAUUUCUGCAGCCCCAGUAUGACUUCACCGUAUCUGAGGAUACGCCCCCUGGAACAAGUGUGGGUAGUGUGAAAGCCACCAACCCAACAGGUGUCUCGAGUGUGAUCCUGUACUCCCUGGCCUUUGGUGACCCUCGUAGCCUUUUCUCUUUGGACCCUCGUACUGGAAUAUUGUCCACACAUCGACCACUUGACCGAGAACAAGACGCUGAGCUUACUUUAGAAGUUCAAGCUCGUAGUGGGUCUCCUCCAGGAUAUACCCGGGCCCGGAUUAACUUGAAGAUCACCGACAUCAAUGACAACCCACCAAUUUUUGCUUUGUCCUCACAUACAUUGAGACUCCAAGGCUCCCCACCUACUGGAUCUGUUAUAUUUACUGCUAAAGCAACAGACCCUGAUACAGGAGCCAAUGGACAGAUCCAUUAUCAGAUUGUAUCACAGGGACCCUUUAGUGUUGACAGUUCAGGACAGAUCCAGACUACUGGGCCCCUGACACAAGAAAAUUAUGAACUGCGUGUUCUUGCCCUUGAUGGUGGAUUUCCACAGCUGUCUUCUGAGUUAGAAGUCACCGUUCUUGUGCUGGAACAGGAAUCUGAGCCAGCCUGUGGAGCCUCUGAUUAUCGCGUAGAGGUACGAGAAGGUAGCCCUCCAAUGAGCCGGCUGGUGCAGGUGCAAGCUUUGCUUCCUGGUGGAAGGGAGAACCCUUUACGCUACAGGCUGAGACCAGACGCUGAUGCCGUGGGGUUUAGCGUUGAGCCAGAGACUGGGUGGCUUUAUGUACGAGGGGCCUUGGAUCGAGAAAGUCGGGAAGUUUACAUCCUGGCAGUCUUGGCCUCUGGGGGAUCCGGCAUCCGCACUGCCACUUGUACUGUGCGUGUUCGAGUGACUGAUGAAAAUGACAAUGCUCCACGCCUUAGCGAGGAGAGGUAUUUCAUGAGUAUUCCUGAGAAUCGGCCCUCAGGGGAAAUUGUGGGAAGGGUCAGUGCUAUGGACAGAGAUGCUGGUCAGAAUGGACGUAUUACUUACAGACUUCCAGCUCAAGAAACUGACUUCAGUAUACACCCACAUACUGGAGAACUGUCUGUAAGAAGGAGUCUUGACCGGGAGCACCAGGCCAACUACCAGCUAUUGGUCAUUGCCCAAGAUGGUGGAGCUCCUCCACGCAGUGUAACCGGAACCAUCCAUGUCUCCGUGUUGGAUGAGAAUGACAAUCGUCCUGAGUUUUUGUACCCCAUAUCUGGAAGGGAAACACCAAUACAGAUAAUGGAGGGCAAAAGUUCAGGCAUGUUUGCAGCAUCGAUCUUGGCAAAGGAUCCAGAUGAGGGGGAGAAUGGAACAGUCAUCUACAGCUUGUCAGGUCCAUGGGCGGAACGAUUUACCCUUCACCCGCACACAGGAGAGCUACGCACAGCAACAGUUUUACACCAUGCAGAUCGAUCCCAUUACACAAUGACUGUCCAGGCUAGAGACUCUGGAUCUCCAGCUAAAAGCUCAGAAGCUACUGUCCGUAUUCAGGUGGUGCAAUCUACUCGUUACCCUACCAAACCCAACCCCAGCGUACUGGUCCUGACACCAAUGGAAGGAUUACCACCUGGGUCUCUUCUGGGUGCUGUUUCCCCUAAAACACCCCAUGGUUCUGCGAUCUACACUUUAUUAGAUGACCAACAUGGAAACUUUAUGGUGGAUGGUCGAACUGGCAACAUAUUUCUCGUACAAGAACUGGACUUUGAGAGUCAGCCCCGUCACAGCCUCCGAGUAAGCAUUGAAGAAGCCCGUGAAGUUUCUGGUAUGUAUCUGCCCCCAAGGGUAGUGCAAGUAGAGAUUGAAGUCCAGGACAAAAAUGAUCACUCACCAAUGUUUCCAGAAGAUCCACUGACUUUGGUGAUUCCAGAGGAUGCCCAGGUUGGUUCAUCCAUCUUUACCUUCCAAGCUAUAGACCGUGAUGGUCCAGGCCCCAAUAGCCAGGUGCGUUAUUCCUUGAUGCGGCAAGAGCCAGAAUCAGCUGAAUCUACUUUUCGACUGGACUCAGAGACUGGGGUAUUGAGUGUAGCAAAGCCAUUAGAUCGUGAAAAAGUGUCCUCUUAUCUACUCAUGGUGGAAGCUACUGAUCGGGCACUGAAUGUCAGUCAGCGUCGGUCAACUUCUGUCACUGCCAGAAUUUUUCUCAGCGACCGCAAUGACCACACUCCACAGUUCCUUACACGAGCUACAUUAUGGUUAUCUGAGGACCUACCUGUUGGGUCCACAGCUCUUUUUCUGGUGGCACAAGAUUCAGACCUAGGAGAGAAUGGGAGAGUUGGUUAUCAGAUUGCCGGAGGUAAUGAGGAUGGUCGGUUCCAGAUACAUCCACACACAGGUGCCCUGUCUGUCGUGAGAGCUCUAGAUCGAGAGGAGACACCUGGAUAUAACCUAACCUUAGUGGCAACGGACCAUGGCUCGCCUCGCCUGUCCAGCACACAGACACUUUCCGUCUCCAUUCUUGAUGUAAAUGAUGAAACCCCCACCUUUGAGAAAACCCAGUAUGAAGGGAAGGUGCUGGAAAACCAAUCCGCCGGCACAAGUGUGCUGAGAUUGCGGGCCGUGGACAGAGAUCUUGGUCCUGGUGGACAGAUCACAUAUGGAGGCGUGACCGGGGACGAGUUUUCUCUUGAUCCAAAAACUGGAAUUCUGACUACCAAACAAGCAUUUGAUCGAGAGGCGAAGGAGGGGUACAAACUAACAGUUUAUGCACGAGAUGGAGGCUCCCCGCCGCGAGUGUCAGAGGCCCGGGUGCACAUCGCCAUUGAUGAUGAGAAUGACAAUGCUCCCAAAUUUGAGAAUGACAACGUGUUCUUGGAAGUGCCUGAAAAUCAGGAUCCCACAACCCUGUGCAUACUUCGUGCCUGGGACCCUGAUGCCAGUAGCAAUGGGCACCUCCAGUAUCGGCUUAUCGAUGGUGAUCCAUCCACUGACUUCAAUUUGGACUCCAAAUCUGGAGCCCUUUCCACAUCACGGGCUUUGGACCGAGAAUCUGUAUCAGAUUACCGCCUCACUGUAUUAGUCCAAGAUGGUGGCAAUCCAUCUCUCAGUGCCACUACAGUUGUCACCGUGUCCGUACUGGAUCUUAAUGAUAAUACACCGACCUUCUCAGCAGCCUCUUACAAUGCAGAGAUCUCAGAAGAUGCCCCCGUUGGCAGUUUAGUUCUAAAGUUGAUAGCCGUUGACCCUGACCAUGGCCCCAAUGGUCAAACAACAUUCCAUCUAUCUAAUGGUACUCAGGGAGCCUUCCAUGUUGAUCCACUAACUGGACAGAUCACAACCUCAAUUCAGCUCGACCGCGAACGCCGAGCUGCUUACACAUUUAUAGCAUGGGUUAUGGAUUCCGACCCUUCAGGGCCACGUAGCGCAGAGGCCUCUGUCACAGUAAUAGUCCGAGAUGUGAAUGACAAUGCCCCAGCAUUUCAGCGUAGUCCGUUCCUUCUAAACCUAUCCCGUAACACUCCCAUCAAGCGGACAUUGUCUGCAAUGAGAGCAGAAGACAAGGAUGCAGGUGCCAACGCUUCUAUUCUCUACAGGUUGGCUCCACAGUCAACAAAAGGUGGGUUUUCAGUGGACCCUUACACUGGGGAGGUGCGUUUGCUGGAGCCACUGGAGGGAAUGAGUCCCAAGGAUCGCACAGUCUUUGUUCAGGCCUCAGAUCUGGGGGAACCUCCGCUUUCAACCACAGCUGUGCUGGUCAUACAUCUACGGGAGGAAGCAGCCAGAGGACCUCGAUUCCCAAGAGAUUCUACCGACAUCAGCUUGUCAGAAAACAGCCAGCAAGGCUCUGUGGUUGGAGCGGUGAGAGCCACACACAACGGAGGCUCUUCUGGGAAGAUCACCUACAGCUUCCUUAGCGGAAAUGAGCAUGGUGCCUUUAACAUCAACCCGAACACAGGGCAGAUUACGGUCCUACAGCCGGCAGUGUUGGACUACGAAUCCAGCCCACGGCAUAAGUUGGUGGUUCAGGCAGAGACGGUCCAAUAUUACGCCUUCACUUCCGUCAAUGUCCUUCUGCAGGAUGCCAAUGACAACGCGCCGCGCUUUCAGCUCCCACAAUACACAGUUUAUAUCUGGGAAGCCCAAGCUGAUGGGAGCCGCAUCAUACAGGUUCUUGCUGAAGAUCCAGACCAAGGCAUGAACGGUCAGGUCAUUUACGCUUUUGAGCCAUCACAGCCCAUGAAGGAUCUAUUUCGUAUUGAUGCCCAGACAGGCGUCAUUGCAACAGCCGCCAUUUUAGACCGGGAGAUCUGGUCUGAGGCACGGUUGCUGGUGACAGCGACGGAUCGGGGGUCUCCUCCACUGACUGGGUCCGCAACCCUCACCCUGGUGGUAAUGGAUGUGAAUGAUAACAGUCCUACCAUCCCCGUUCAGAUGGAGCUGAGUGUUCCCGAAGAUGCUGUGAUUGGCUCUGAGGUUGCUCAGGUGACAGCAAAUGACGUAGACUCUGGUCCCCCAUUAUGGUACGUGUUGUCCGUGGAUGGGUUCCCGGGGGGCACCUUCAGCAUCUUCCGCUAUGGUGGCCAGAUAUGGCUGACGGAACCACUGGACUACGAGGAGAGGACGUCUUACACCUUGACCAUUCAAACUUCUGAUGGAAAACACCAGAGUCGGGCGGACAUUCGCCUCCUGCUGCAGGAUGUCAACGAUAAUGCUCCAGAGUUCCGACAAAGCUUGUACCAGGUGACCAUCAUGGAGCAUACAAAAGCCUGGACCCCGCUUAUCACCAUCUCAGCCACAGAUCGGGACUCCGGGGAGAACAGCAGAAUCACCUACACAGUGCUGUCAGCAGGAAGUGGAGCGUUCUACAUCCAUCCAGAAAACGGGACACUAUUCACAACACAGGCCAUGGAGCUGGAAACACAGGGGCCACUAGUGGAUGUCAUAGUUGAAGCUCGAGAUAAUGGCUCUCCAAGUCUGGCUUCAGUUGUCACUGUGCAGAUCAUUUUGAUGGAUGUGAAUGACCAUGCUCCAGUCUUCCCACAGCAGCAGUACACUACAUCUGUCCCUGAGGAUCUUCCACUAGGCAGUACUAUCCUCAUCCUAGAGGCCACCGAUGCUGACCAGAGUCUGGAAAAUUCUGGACUGGAUUACACCAUCUUGAGUGGAAAUGUUGGCAACGUGUUCCAGUUGCAAAGUGGAAUGCGCUUGUGGAAUGGACAUUUUCAGCAUGUCGGCUCAAUCAUCUUAACCGAUGCUUUAGAUUUUGAGACCACUAACUUCUAUAACUUGACUUUGGGGGCAUCAGACCGAGGCGUCCCACAACGUAGCCAUUCUGUUCCUGUGCUAAUCACCAUACUGGAUGUCAAUGACAACCCUCCUGUGUUUCCACGGCCGGAUUAUAGCGUUCUCCUCAGUGAAGCUGCUCCUGUUGGCUCUGAAGUUCUUCGGGUCUUGGCACAGGACUCAGAUUCUGGCGACAAUGGAAUGGUGCAUUACAGAAUCACCUCUGGAGACGAGAGCCGCCUCUUUCAGAUCAAUGAGGCAACCGGAGCAAUAAAGCUAGUCCGCCAACUGGACAGAGAAAGGCAGGCCAUGCACACCCUUGUAAUCUUGGCUUUUGAUGGCCAGAAUGGACCAGCCAACUUUGCUCUUGUUCCUUUAACUGUGGAAGUCCGUGAUAUCAAUGAUAACAAACCUUACUUCCCAGUGCAGAUACUGACAACCAGCAUUAAAGAAAACCAACCAGCAAACACUCUGCUCACAAUCAUUCAUGCCAUCGACCUCGACACAGGAAUAUUUGGCCAGCUGCUGUACAAUGUGAUUGAGCUUCCUCCAGCAGAACCUGGAAUGCUGACUGGAAAAGAUGUAUUCUCUAUGAACAGAACCUCAGGGGAACUACUUUCUCGGCAGAGUUUUGAUUAUGAGCGCAGUAAAGCCUUCAGCAUGAUAAUUAAAGCAACAGACGCUGGUAAUUUUUCUGCUACAGUCACUGUACAAGUCCUUGUGACUGGGGAGGAUGAGUACGACCCUGUAUUUGUAGCCCAAUACUUCAAUUUUGAGGUGCCAGAAGGAGCUGCUAAAGGCCAAAUUAUUGGCCAUGUCCAGGCCACAGAUGAAGAUGAGGGGGCUGAUGGGGUGGUUCUCUACUCAUUUUCUAAACCAUCACCAUACUUUGGAAUCAAUGAAACCACUGGACAAAUUUAUUUGAAGGUAGACAGUCAAAGGCAUCGUUCUGGACGUUCUAAGAGAGAGACUAGGGAAAUGACCAUGGAUGUUCAUGCCCACAGUCCCUUGCCAUCCUCUCGAGUUGCUAUUACACAGGUUACAGUAGACAUUACACAUACAUCUUUUGGUUUGGCACCUGACCUGAAUUUGCUCCUGAUUGUGUCAGUGGCUUCCUCAUUGGCAGUGGUUGUGGUGCUCGCUGCAGUUGCCAUUAUACUAGUGGUAUGCAGGUCUCGGGGAACCCAAAAGAAAGGCCAAGAAAGUGAUGCACAAAUGGACAGUUUACAAGGUGGAACUUUGCAACGGAUGGGACAUGAUAAAUCGGCUAUUGGCAGUGGCGAUCGAAUUUAUCACCAGACUCUUCCAGGCUACCCCAUGGAUUCUUCUACUGUGGAUGGAUCUUACACUAGAGGAGGGUCUCUGGACCCCUCACAUUCCAGCGGACGUGGAUCUGCUGAAGCUGCUGAAGAUGAUGAAAUUCGUAUGAUCAAUGAGUAUCCACGUGUGGCAAGCAUUACAUCUUCUAUGCAAGAACACAUAUCCGCAAGAGGUCCAGAUUCUGGCAUCCAACAAGAUGCUGAUCAACUAUCUGAAAUUUCCUGUGACCCCUCUAUGGACAGCGGUCAGUGGUUCAAGAACAAAAAGUCUUCCAGCCAGUAUCGUGAUGAUGGUGGGGGAGGAGGUGCUUUCAUGGGAGUGGGCUGCGGACUUAAUAUGCCUCACCAUAAGGACUACACUUUUCCUGAAGAUGGAAAGCCAUCUGUGGAAGGCUCUCUGACAGCCAUUGUGGCUAGUGAUGAGGAAUUGCGUGGCAGCUACAACUGGGAUUACUUGCUUAACUGGUGUCCUCAAUUUCAGCCACUGGCCAGUGUUUUUAUGGAGAUUGCUCGACUCAAGGAUGAGUCUGCACUGAGAAGACCUUUCCAACCAAAGCCCAAAGCCAUUCCACAACCUCGCAUUGACCCUCCUCCUCUUAUCACAUCUGUGGCUCAUCCAGGUGCAAAGACCGUGCCUACGAAACCAGCUGUGGCCAGAACCUUCCCUAAUUUCUCAUCUCUUCGCCGUUCUCCUAUAAUUAAUGAAGCUUCUCUAUCUUCAAUAAUACCGCCAAGCUUUUCUCCAUCUCUGUCUCCAUUGGCAGCUCGUUCUCCUGUUGUGUCCCCAUUUGGCAUCUCCCAGGGCCCCUCGGCAUCUGUCCUCAGCACAGAGCACAGCCUUGACCCUGCUGGCGAUGGGGAACUAAGAAUUUAAUAGCAGCAGGUGAACACAGAGGAUGAAGACACACAUAGAAAAAAGAAUUGGAAUUAACCUGUCUAAAAUGGCAAGAAAGUCUCUAAGAGGCAAUAACAUUGAGAACCAUAAAACCCGCUAUGAAGCCAAAAAAGACAAUUUUUCAGGAGGGUUUGUGCGAAACCCCUCUCUGACCAGAGCUGUUUUCUGAGGCUGAAAUAAUGGGUAUUUCUAUGAGACUUCCUUUAAUUGCCCCUCUGUUGACCAGGGGUAGGUAGCCUUAUAUGUAAGACAGCGUCCAGUAAGACAAUUAGAAGUGGACAGUUUUGGGAACAAUGCUCCUCUUAAUGUAUUUUUCAGUUGAAUACGUGAUCUACGUGCAGUCCUGCCCACAGUACGGCAGCUACUUUUUCCCCCAGCAUUUCCUAUAUACCAGGCAGGACCUGCACACCAGCUUUAUGGAAUUUGUAAAGGGUUAAGGCCUACUUCUAAGCCCCUUUACAGGAAUUAUAUACCCCAGACCGUGCUCCUGUACAGGAUCAUGUUCCUAAGCAGUUUUCCAUGUCAGGGUCAUGUGAUUGGGAUUUCCUGCAGGAUCUAUAUGACCAAACCAACAAAUGGAUUCAGGAAUGUCUGCAGAUAAAGACUGAUGACAUCCCCAUGUAGCAGGCAUCCUGUUAUCAUGAUAUGCAUAAUGUUUAUGGAAAGUUUAGAGGCGAGAGAAGGCAGGUUGACUAUAUAGGGUCAAAUGUUGGUAUAGUCAAUUAUAACUAAGGAGAAGAUUAUAUGAAUUUAUUGAAGCACGCCAUGGAGGGUUACAAAGGUUCUAAACCCUACAACCCUAACCCUGAAAGGGAAAUCUGUAAUUAAAAUUGGCACAAAUUCAGUUUACACUGCAGUACAUAUUGGCUAUCCGUAAUAUCUUAAGUCCGCCAUGCGGUAUACAACAUAACAAAAAUAUAAAUUAGAAAAAGCAGCCAACUUUUUCUUAGUCAAGAACCCUGUCAAGAAACAUGUGACCAAGUCAGCUAAUCAUGGAAUACUUGACUUGGUCAUAAGAUAAUUAUGGAACAGGUGAUCUAUGUAGGAUGUUAAUCACAUGUGGAUUUGUUAGAAAGGUAAGUACAGAAGAGGUGGCCUUGGAAGAAAGGUAAUCAUUGUGGCCACAAUCUGGUUUAGUGGGUAGGUAGAUUGACAUGGAAUAUUGGAUGUUAACCAUUGACCUUGUGAUUUGGUCUGCAAGACUGUCCCAUAACACAUGAUCCAGUCAUGUAGCUUGCCAUGGAACAUGUAAAAAACAAAAGAAAAAAAUCGGAUUUAUUCUGAGACUUUAACAUAUUCAGGACCGAGGCCUCCCCAAAUUUUUUUUAAAGGAGAACUAAAGCAACCUAAAAUAAAACAUAUUAGUUGGUUUUAAAUGUCCAUACAAGAUGAUCGUAGCAGGGAAGAGAAAAUAAAGGCAAUACCUACAUUCCAUUUUGGCUAUUAUCUAACAUGGUACAACGCAUAACAGCUGGUCACCAGAUAGUGCCUCUUAAAUAAGGCCCAGUCACCCAACUGCUCUCAUUCUGAUGUGGCCAACACUUCACUAUAUAACAGGGGUCUCCAAACUUUCUAAACAAAGGGCCAGCUUACCGUCUUUCAGACUUUAUGGGGGCCGGACUGUGGCAAUUGGGAGUAGAGAAGGUCCUGAGGUCAGUGAAGAAAAAAAAAUACUGCCCCAUCAUUUGUUUCAGUGGAUGCAAUUGUGCCUCAUCAUUGGCGUCAAUGG